AUGAACGCCAACCUGCUGCUCUCUCCCGACGCACUCCACUGCCUCAAACGCAAGCAGCUUACCAAUCUCUGCAGACGCUUCGGCAUCAAAGCCGUGGGCAAGAACGCAGACCUCAUCCAGCGACUCCAGCACUAUGCAGCUUCCAACAUCCCGGCCGACAGCCCGACCAAGGGCAACGUGGCCAUCUUGAGGCAUGUCAAGCGUCCCAGGCAGAGCGACUCGAGUCAGGAAUCUGUCGUGGACGAUCAGCAGCCUGCCGAUGAUGAGGCCCCGACGCUGUCGUAUCCUCCCUUGACUCCGCGCACGAGGCAAAAGAGGGUAUCGGACCUGGUACAUGCCAUCGAGCAGGUCAAACAGCAAGACGACGGCAUGGACACAGACGAUGACGACGAGCAGGGCAUGGAUGCACUCGCAUCGCAGAGAAACACCAUCGCUUUCCCCACUUCAUCACGAGCACCACCCCCUCGGCCGCUCCUUCCUCCACUUCCCGCAGAAGAGGAAGCACAGCCCAUAGCACCGCUGCGCAUCGUCAAAGCGCUCCCCAGCUCCACCCGCAUCGCCUCGCCCCUCUCCACCGCCACCAUCCUCGAGAUGAGCACCAGAUCUGUCGGCGCGACAGCCAGCACGUCGAACCUCUACCCAGACCUCUCCACUCUACCGCUUCCCCAAGGUGUCUCGAGCGACUGCCUGGCCUCUUCAUCGACACUUCCCUCGAUCACCUCCCGCCAGUUCUCGGCCGCAGCAGCCUCUGUGCUGGCAGAGAUGAAUGCACGCUUGACGGCGGCGGGUCGAUCGAUUACGUCGGGCUCGCUCGCGACCAUGUCGAGCAUGGGGAAUGCAACGUGGUCCAACCUUGCUGCUUCCGCUUCGUCGCAAGGCAUGUCAAAGAGCCGCUCGGGCAGGUACGAGAUUCAUCACGAGCGACAAUUCCACAAGAUGGAUUCCAUUGUGAACCACUAUGCUGCGAAACGGGUGGGUGCGGCAUCGUCUGCAUCUGCUGAAAGUACGAGCAAGCCGAACUCAAACAGCGAGUCGGCAAGCAAGACACCGAUGGCGUCCACCAACACUUCAGCCACAGCAGCAGCGCCACGACAAACACCCAGCACGUCGACAUCUCAGCGCCGCGCACGUAUCGAUGCAUCCACCUCAACACGUGGCCUUGCCGCCAUGGCCCACUCCACCAGCGCACGCAAGCUCACCCCCGUCCGACGCCGCACGCUUCCCAUCCCACCUACCUCGCAAGCCAAGCUUCCCCCCACGCUUACUGCUAUUCCCCAACCCGCCUCUUCGCGCCAGGCAUCCGCCUCCACCACGAGUACCCGUGCCGACCCGCCGCGGGCCAAGCGACUGCGUCUCGCCGUCACCGAAGACAGCGACGCUCUGCAGAACACCGUGCUCGAGAUCCCACCCGAGAAAAAGACGGUGGUGAUCCGCGUCACGCGUCCUGAGCGAGAGGGGAUGCCGUACAAGGUCAGUGUCGCGGACGGCAGGGCGGCGGGCGAGAGCGGUCCGAUCCGUGCCGCCUCGUCGUUGCGCAAGACGGUGAUCAAGGCGACCAAGAGCACGUUUGUCGGCAGCGGUAGCUCGUCCAAGAAGAUGGCAGCCAGUGCGCAUGCGCAGAAGAGGGAGGCGGCGUUUGCGAAACAGCAACAGCAGGCCGUCGUCAUGUCGCGCAGCUUGAGUUCGCGCGCCAACAUUGCCGGUGCACCUGGCGGAAGCGGGAUGCCAACAUCGCCCAGCGUCAGAAACAAGUUUACGGGAAUCGCGAUGGUGGCUGAAUCGGCCACUUGCGACACGCGCAAGCCUUCAGCAGCAUUGUCGACCAUGAGCGGCGCAACGACGCAGACGGCUUCGACGGGUACCAGCAACAGCAGCAGCCGAUUUGGCGGGAGCAUCCGCAGCAGUGUGUCGCAGGGCCUGGGUCGAGCGGAAGCGGCUCGUCAGGCGAGAUUGAAGGAGAUCAAGGCGAGGACCAAAGCGGCUCUCGCUGGGUUCGGCAGCCAGCGCAACGUCUCUGCUGCGUCUACUACCGUCAGCAGUGACUCGGCGUCGACGUUGACGACGCGCAACCCCGCCGGGGAACCCGCCCCGACGGUGGCAGCCUCGUUCUCGCCGAGCGUGACGAAACCCACAAUUUCCAGCCUGAACAGAGCCGCCGCAGCUGCAGCAGCUGCGACUGCGACGGACAGCAACGCCUCUGCCUCGCUACCGAUUCUAGCCAACAUUCGUCAGAGCAGGCCGCUUUCCCUUGGGCUCGAUGCCCUGCCGGCCAUGACGGGCACGCUUCUGCAACGCGCGGCCACCAUCCACGCCGGCGUAGGCAGCACGAUGCUCGCGCCUUGUCUGACUCCGCGCUCGUCGUCGCUCCGCCACCUGCGCCGCGUCAUGCGCAAGCAGCAGAAACAGGCGGAUCUCGAACACGAGCGUGUCGCCGCGGCCGAGAACAUCGCCCCCGGAGCGGUCGUGCCGUCGGUGGUCGUCAACACGCCGUCCACGUCGGACAGCGCAUCGCUUCAGCAGACACCUCAGCGCGGAGAAGGAGUGGUGGGCAAGCCAUCGAUCCGCACAGUGGCUGUUCGAGCUGCGUCGCCGACCAAGUCGCUCGCCGGGGCGGAAAAGUUUGCCAGUGUGCCGAACAAGCUGCAGAGGGCUCCCGGGACGGUGGGGCGACCAGCGGGGCCUCGUGCGGCCCUGGUGGCUAGCCGAGCAACUACCUCGGCCCUGAACCGCUUUUGA